UUAAUAAAUUCUGUUCUGUGUUUGGUACAGUAACUGUGUUUCCAACCACCCUCUCAUUCAUUCAUCCUCCCUUUUAUCCCCUUAUAGCAAUACAGUAUUGUAUUAAUAAUUAUCCUCUUUAUGUAGCCUUUAGCGAUAUUAAUCUUCUAUGGUUAAUUUGUAUGGUAUGAAUGGUAAUUUGAAAGACAAAUUGUUUCAAAUAGAUUAUUAAUAGUUUGACAGAACUGCUAUUUUCACUGUAAUGAAAAAGCUCAUUUUUGAAAAUAAGAAAAAUGAUAAAACGCAAUAUAUCAUAUGACAUACACAUAACGGUAAGUGUGGUGUACAUCACAUCAGGACAGUUGGUAAACAUGACAGACUUCACCAAGUGUGGUGUACAUGAACAGACUUCACCAAGUGUGGUGUACAUGUACAGACUUCACCAAGUGUGGUGUACAUGUACAAGACUUCACCAAGUGUGGUGUACAUGUACAAGACUUCACCAAGUGUGGUGUACAUGUACAGACUUCACCAAGUGUGGUGUACAUGUACAGACUUCACCAAGUGUGGUGUACAUCACAUCAAAACAGUUGGUAAACAUGAACAGACUUCACCAAGUGUGGUGUACAUCACAUCAGAACAGUUGGUAAACAUGUACAAGACUUCACCAAGUGUGGUGUACAUGAACAGACUUCACCAAGUGUGGUGUACAUGUACAGACUUCACCAAGUGUGGUGUACAUCACAUCAGAACAGUUGGUAAACAUGUACAGACUUCACCAAGUGUGGUGUACAUCACAUCAGAACAGUUGGUAAACAUGUACAAGACUUCACCAAGUGUGGUGUACAUCACAUCAGGACAGUUGGUAAACAUGUACAGACUUCACCAAGUGUGGUGUACAUGUACAGACUUCACCAAGUGUGGUGUACAUGUACAGACUUCACCAAGUGUGGUGUACAUCACAUCAGGACAGUUGGUAAACAUGUACAGACUUCACCAAGUGUGGUGUACAUGUACAGACUUCACCAAGUGUGGUGUACAUCACAUCAGGACAGUUGGUAAACAUAUACAGACUUCACCAAGUGUGGUGUACAUCACAUCAGAACAGUUGAUAAACAUAUACAGACUUCACCAAGUGUGGUGUACAUGUACAGACUUCACCAAGUGUGGUGUACAUGUACAAGACUUCACCAAGUGUGGCGUACAUGUACAAGACUUCACCAAGUGUGGUGUACAUCACAUCAGAACAGUUGGUAAACAUGUACAAGACUUCACCAAGUGUGGUGUACAUGUACAGACUUCACCAAGUGUGGUGUACAUGUACAGACUUCACAAAGUGUGGUGUACAUGUACAGACUUCACCAAGUGUGACGUACAUCACAUCAGGACAGUUGGUAAACAUGUACAGACUUCACCAAGUGUGGUGUACAUCACAUCAGGACAGUUGGUAAACAUGUACAGACUUCACCAAGUGUGGUGUACAUCACAUCAGGACAGUUGGUAAACAUGUACAGACUUCACCAAGUGUGGUGUACAUCACAUCAGGACAGUUGGUAAACAUAUACAGACUUCACCAAGUGUGGUGUACAUCACAUCAGGACAGUUGGUAAACAUAUACAGACUUCACCAAGUGUGGUGUACAUCACAUCAGGACAGUUGGUAAACAUGUACAGACUUCACCAAGUGUGGUGUACAUGUACAGACUUCACCAAGUGUGGCGUACAUCACAUCAGGACAGUUGGUAAACAUGUACAAGACUUCACCAAGUGUGGUGUACAUGUACAGACUUCACCAAG